GCUUUCUCAAGCUCUACUUUGUUGAUAGCAGAACCCAGAAGAGAACUAGUCAACUCCUGAAGUUUUAAGCCAUGGCCCAGGGACUGAUGACGUUCAGAGAUGUGGCCGUGGACUUCUCUCUGGAGGAGUGGGAGUGUCUGAGCCCGGAACAGAGGAAUUUGUACAGAGACGUGAUGCUGGAGAACUACCGCCACCUCGUCUCCGUGGGACUGUGUGUUUAUCGGCCACAUGUGUUCUCCUUGUUGGAAAAAGGACAAGACCCCUGGAUGAUUCCUUGGGAUGAGACAAGAGGACUUUAUCCAGACAUAGAUUUCAGUUCUCAGAAGAAGAGGUUAUCGGGAAAACCUACCACAUAUGAAGAAUUAUCUCAGUGGGAAAUGAAGGAAUAUUUUAGAAAACACAGUCUUGAAGAUUUCUGUCUUGGAGAUGACUGGGAAGGCAAAAAUCAGUUUCAAACGCAUCAAAAUCAGGACUAUUUUAAGCAACCAGCAGUCGCAAAUGAAAGAAUGCUCACAGUGAACCAGGGUAUAGUUAACGCAGAAGAGAAAGCAAUUGAAAGUCAAUGUGAAAAAGCCCCUAGUGCGGGAUCUGACCAUACUCUUCAUCCGCCAGCUCACCCUGGUAACAAAUCCCGCAAAGACAAGGAGUACGGGGAAACCCUUGUUCCUGAGCGGGGGCAUCCUCACUGUCAGCAAGCUCGCUGUCCUGAGACACCUCAGCAAGGGAAGGGAUCCAGAGGGCCGUUUGGUUUGCCUUCAGGGAUACCAGGCCCUCAGCGAGUUCACACUGAUGAGAAGUCCUAUGACUGUAAGGAGUGCGGGAAGUCUUUUACUUUGAAGUCAAACUUGACGCGACAUCGCAGAAUUCACACCGGUGAGAGGCCAUACACAUGUCACGGAUGUGGGAAAGCGUUUACACAGAGAUCACACCUCAUGUCGCAUCAGAAAAUCCACACUGGAAAAAAAGCUUACGUGUGCGGAGUCUGUGGUAAAGCUUUUCACUGUGACUCAAGCCUGACAGAUCAUCAGAGUAUCCACUAUCAUGCGGUUGACACUGGCAAGAAAGCAUACGAGUGUAAAAAAUGUGGCAAGGAUUUUGGUUGCUAUUCAGGUCUCAGUCAUCACCAGAAAAUCCACGCUGGAGAGAAACCUUUCAAGUGUAAGCACUGCGGAAGGCUUUUUAGGUUUCGCUCACAUCUUAGGGCGCACACGCGAAUUCACACUGGUGUGAAGUCCUAUGACUGUAAGGAGUGUGGGAAAUCCUUUACUCUGAGGUCAAACUUGAUGCGACACCACAGAGUUCACACCGGCGAGAGGCCAUACGUGUGUCACGGGUGUGGAAAAGCGUUUACACAGAGAUCACAUCUCACGUCGCAUCAGAAAAUUCACACUGGAGAGAAAGCUUACGUGUGCGGAGUCUGUGGAAAGGCUUUUAGUCGCGGCUCAAGCCUGACCAGUCAUCAGAAUAUUCAUUAUUACGUGGUUAACGCAGGCAAGAAAGUAUACGAGUGUAAAGAAUGUGGCAAGGGUUUUGGUUGCCAUUCAAAUCUCAGUCGCCAUCAGAAAAUCCACGCUGGAGAGAAACCUUUUAAAUGUAGGGACUGUGGGAAGGCCUUUGGUCAAAGAGCACAUCUUACGAAACAUCAGAGGGUUCACACUGGCGAAGGCCCUUAUGAAUCAGAAUGUGGUAAAGUGUUUCCUUGAGGACCACAACUAUGUGGACAUCAGAAAAUCCAUAUUGGUGUGAGGUGA